CGUCCGUAUAUUUGCAUGCAGUUUCCCUUUUUAGGAUGCUAUUCAUGUUCUCAACUCAUCCUCAUUCACAGUUGCAUUCACUUUUAUUGUUUUAGCCUUAUUUCUUUGCUUCUAUUUCUAUUCGCAGAUGCCUGGAAGAGUCGAUGGCUGAACUCCGAGCACAAGUCUGAUUAUGGCCAGUUCAAACUGACUGCUGGAAGCUUCUACGGAGACGCUGAGAAAGACCAGGGUCUGCAGAGCAGUCAGGAUGCCCGUUUCUACGCCACCUCUGCCCGCUUCGAGCCCUUCAGCAACGAGGGCAAGCCUCUGGUGAUCCAGUUCACCAUCAAACACGAGCAGAAGAUCGACUGCGGAGGCGGAUACGUUAAAGUCUUCCCGGCUGAUCUCAACCAGGCUGGCAUGCACGGAGACUCCCAGUAUUACAUCAUGUUCGGGCCUGAUAUCUGUGGCUACAGCACCAAGAAGGUUCACGUCAUCUUCAACUACAAAGGCAAGAACCACCUCAUCAAGAAAGAUAUCAAAUGCAAGGAUGAUGAAUUGACUCACUUGUACACAUUGAUCCUGAAUCCGGAUCAGACGUAUGAGGUGAAGAUCGACAAUGAGAUGGUGGAGUCCGGCUCUCUGGAGGAGGACUGGGACUUCCUGCCCCCAAAGAAGAUCAAGGACCCCGAAGCCAAGAAACCUGAGGACUGGGACGACCGCGCCAAGAUCGACGACGAGACGGACACCAAACCUGAGGACUGGGAUAAGCCUGAGAAUAUUCCCGAUCCUGAUGCCAAGAAGCCAGACGACUGGGAUGAGGAUAUGGACGGAGAGUGGGAACCUGCCAUGAUCCCAAACCCGGAGUACAAGGGUGAGUGGAAACCCAAACAGAUUGACAACCCCAACUACAAGGGUGUCUGGGUGCAUCCUGAAAUCGACAACCCUGAAUACACUCCUAAUGCCGAGAUCUACAAAUUCGACAACAUUGGAGUCAUUGGGCUGGAUCUCUGGCAGGUGAAAUCCGGCACUAUAUUUGACAACUUCCUCAUCACAGACGACGUGAAGGAAGCUGAGGAUUUCGGAAAUGAAACGUGGGGUGCUACAAAGGGUCCCGAGAAGAAAAUGAAGGAGGAACAGGAUGAGAAGAAACGCAAAGAAGAAGAGGAGAAGAACAAGGAGCAGAGCACAGAAGCAGAUGAGGAAGAGGAGGAGGAGGAGGAUGAAGGCGAGGAGGAAGAGGAGGAGGACGAGACAGACGAGCCUCCAGAGGAGGAAGAAGACAAUGAUGCGCUUCCCAAAGACGAACUGUAACGCAGGAAGUAGAUUACCGUUCACAUUCCGUGGUUGCCAGGGAAACGACUGCAGUGCAUUCAUUCUAAUUAGAGACGGCGAUGAUGUCACACAGGGCGACCAGAAGUUCUCAGCCCAUACGUUUAAUUUGUGACCAUUGACCUUGAACGAGCCAGUUUUUUUUAUUGAGGAGUUUUCUGUACAGUACCAGGAGUCUGAUAUGUUUGACAUCUUUUAAUGCUGAUCUAUGAUCAGUUUAUUGUGCCUUUCUUAUGGUAAAAUCAAUGCCCAUAUUAGUUCAUGACGUUGGUGUUAGUUUGAAGGAACUAGACUAAAUUCAUGAAGUUUACUUGAGUUACAAAUAUAAUUAUGGAAGCCCGUUUUCACCAUGGAAUACAAAAAUAAAAAAGAUAAUCGCGACUUUUUAGCUCCCAAUUCAGACGACUUCAUGUAAUUCUCAGUUUAUGUCUCACAAUUGGGACUUUUGUCUCGGAGUUCCGAGGAAAAAAAAUUAGAAUUGUGCGAUAUAAACUCAUAAUACUUAGAAAAAAGUCAGAAUUGUAAGAUU